CGCUCCGACUUCGGACGUUGUACUUCACGUUCGUUUCGUGAUCAGUGUAAUGAUGCAUGCACACCACGAUCACAUAUUGAAGAGUGAGAGAAGCGAGUAAUUAUGGCAAUCAGCAUGUACACUCGAGAUACUCGACGAACUACAAGCAUUCAUGUCAUUCAACACAGGUCAAGAGUCAGUUGCAUGCCAUAGCCGGGAAUAAUCCAACGCAAGGCUACCGAAGGCCUCGGGUAUAGCGGCGAAGGUACAAGGUACCUCGAGAACGAUGGCUACAACCAACGGCACCAACGGCGUCAACGGCGUGAAUGGCCACGCAAACACCCCACCACACGAGCAAAAUGUCCCCGCGACAUCACUCCUCGCCGCCUUCGUGGCCAACGCAACGACCGACUGCCUCACGCCCGCCAUGCUGGAGAAACUGCACGAGCUCCUGAUCGACUACAUCGGCGUCGUCGUCGGCGCCCGCGACAACGCCGACUCCACCGAGCCCAUCUACGCCGCCAUUCGCGCCCUGCAGGGCCCUCAGGUCACGGGACCGUGCACCGUGCUCGGCAUGGGCGCGCCUCACAUGCUGCCGCAGUACGCCGGCCUGCUGAACUCCGCGUUCGGGCACUCGAUGGACUUCGACGACACGCACGUCGAGGGCCCGCUGCACCCGGGCGUGACGGCGAUUUCGGCCGCCAUGACGCAGGCGGAGCUGCUGGGGUCCAGCAGCAGCAGUCUCGAUUUCCUGCUGGCGAUGGCAAUCGGGUAUGAGAUUACGGUGCGCGUGGGCCGGGAGCUGGACUACUCCACCUACGACCGCGGCUUCCAUCUGACGUCCAUUGCGGGCAUCUACGGCGCCGUGGCGUCCAUUGCCGUGCUCAAGCACCUCGACGCCAAAACGGUGGAAAUGGCAUGGGGCCUAGCGGGCAGCAAAGCCGCCGGCUCAAUGCAGUACCUCGACAACGGGUCGUGGAACAAGCGUCUGCACCCGGGCUUCGCAGUGCACGACGCGUUCAUGUGCGUGGGCCUCGCGGAGGCAGGCGUGAUCGGCGCGACGCGCAUCUUCGAGGGCAAAAUGGGGUUCUUGCAGGCCUACAGCCCCAACCCCAACCAGGACAUGCGGCGCCUGACGGCCGGGCUGGGCACCGAGUGGCUGUGGCCGGCGUCGAGUCUGAAGCCCUACCCGGCGUGCCGCAUGACGCACGGCUUCAUCGAGUUGUCGGGCAACAUGCACACUGCGGCGAAGGGAGGGGUGUCCGCUGCAGACGUCAGCGCCAUCACGCUGUCGAUGAGCCCGGCGUGUUUCAAGCUGAUUGGCGAUCCGAGUCCCAACAAGAAGCAUCCCAACAAUGUCAUUGACGGGCAAUUCUCGGCAUACUUCCAAGUCGCGAAUGCGCUUGCGUAUGGUUCCAAGACGGGCUUGCAAGCGUAUAGUCGCCUGUCCGACGAGAAGAUCCAUGCUCUGUGCGAUAAGAUCACCGUCAAGAUCGUUACCUCGAUGAAGGGUUUCGAGGCGCGGAUGGAUGUGCAGUGGGCGGAUGGACGGACCGAUCAGGUGGAGCAGCUGUUCCCGCUGGGCGAGACGCAGCAUCCGUUUACGCGGGACAAGGUGGAUGAGAAGUUCUUCAGCCUGGCUGUGCCGGUGUACGGGGAGGCGAAGUCGCGGGACAUCAUCAAGAUGGUGGACUCGCUUGAAAAGCACAGUGUGGAGCAGUUGCUAGUCUUGUUGCGAUAAACUGUGUGCUCUGACAGAUUGCGUGUGCCUGUGUAGCAGUGGAUUACAUUACACAGUCGAAAUGAUC